AUGACGGGAGAGGAGAUCGAGGACACGAUUGCCGUGGCAUGGCCGCCCAAGCCCCAGGCAAGCGAGGACGAGACGGCCAGGACCAAGGCCACGCCGACCAAGAUCGCCAACUCGGCAACACCGCGCCCGCCGCGAAAGACAGAGCAGCGUUCCAUAAGGAUAUGUGGUUUCUGCAGGCCCUACCUUGGACCCAAUGGGGUCUGUGGCCAUGUAAAGGAGCGCAAUAGUUCUGCCUGA